GGGAGGGGGUGUGUAUAAAGUGCUGUGAUUUCUUUCGACUUCUCUGGGAAUUUACUCUGCUCUCUUCAGAAUUCUUUGAGGAUUUGUUUGAGUGGGAAAAAAAAGAAAUACACUGCAUAGUGCUGCAUACCAUCAGCGAGAAUAUCCUUCCAAUCUAAUCCAAUCAAAUCCAAUCAAAUCAAAACUACAAAAUAGAACAGAACAGACCACCUUUCUGCAAACUGAAAUGAAGCCAACAUCGCCUUCUGUCCUUCUCGUCGCGGGUCUCGCGGGCAUCGCAACAGCGGGACCGAUCGCGUACGGUAUUUGUCAGAGUGGGUGUGCCGCGGUGGUCAUGGCAUGUUAUUCGGCGGGGGGUGCGACGUGGGGUGCGACGCUGGGGGCUACGGCGCCGGCCACGAUCGUGGCGUGCAACACGGCGUUUGGGACUUGUAGCGCGACGUGUGCGGGGUUUUUGGUGGCGCCGAUUCCUUGAGGGGGUGAGUGAUGGGGAGGAGGAGGGGAGAUGAGAGGGGGGUGAAGGGAGGGGGAGAGCGGGGAGGAAAUGGAUAAAUCAGAUUGUUUUCCAUGUGGAUGUGCGUGUGGAUGUGGCAUUGCGAUAUCUCGGUACUUGGGGGGUGAAAUUUCUUAAAGUAUGUCAGGAAGGAUGGAAGGUAGGAAGGUUGAUUGUGUAUGUGAUUGGGAUUUGAGAUUGAGGGUCAAGAUUGUUUUCAAAGAAUAUGGGCUGGGAAUGUAACGGUGAUGGUGAUGGUGAUGGAUAUGAAGAGUGGUGUUGGAGUUUAAUGGCUUUUCUAUUAUUCAAUUGAUGAUUGAUGAUUCUUGACUCUUGAUUGCUACUCUUGGGAUGGAUGAUGAUUAUGAUGAUAUUGUGUGCUUGUUUACCGAGUAAUUUGCGCAUGAGGUUUGUUCGCUUGAAUAUUAGGGGGCUUGA